UGCAGCAUCACGACCAAACACCUCCACACUCAGCAACGCUACCAAAAAAACCCCCACCUCUUAUCUGGUUUUUAUCACACCAAACCUUGACCCGCAAAGUGUCCUCCUCCAGCCCAAGGUUGGGGGGUACCGCAGCCCCCCAGAGCUUCGCGUGCAGGUGACAAGAAACCUCUGCCAUCAACCUGGAGGUUGAAAGGGGUCCGUUAUCCCUCCAAAAUCCUGAGCUGAAGGCUGCGGGAUUGAGUCAGGAAUUGCUGCAGGAGAUCUUCCCUCCUCCGCAGGUUUAAUCCAUCCUUGUCUUGGGGGGUCCAAGCGCACAGGAUCCCCUUGUGCCCCUCCCCGGCGCGGGUGUAAGCCGCUGACUCAUCUGCCCAGCGUCUUCCCAACCCCCCCAAACACGACGAAGGGGAAUUCAUCGAGCGGCUUCGAGGGGCUGCAUUGCAGACCCAGCUGCGCCAGCAGACAAAAGCGACCGCCGCGACGCCCGCUGCUUCCCAGCACAAAGAGCCUGCUCAGCCUCCAGCCCAGCCUUCCUCAACAGCCUGAACAUGUUGGACACCAUCAGCAGCCAGUACGACUCCUUCAUCUACUGGAGGAUGCCGAUCCCGCGGCUGGACGUGGCGGAGCUGGAAGGGCUGGGGCUCAGCGACGUGGCCCUCUACAAACCCAAAGGAGGGCUGGGCAAGCUCACCGGCAAGCGGGACCAGGUCAGCCAGGACAUCGACGACGACGACGACGGCAGCCUGCUGCAGUUCAACAGCUUUAAUUUCUGGAGAGCUCCUAUCGCCAGCAUUAGCGCCUUAGAUUUCGAUCUGAUUUGAAGGUCUCCUUUCUGCCCCUCCUCACCCCUUGCCUUCUCCCCUUCUCUGCCAGGCAUGCGAAGAUUUGGUUUUGUUGUCGGUUUGGAGGUGGUUUUGUUUUUUCCUUUCCAGGCAGUUUUUGGCAUUGCUAAUUAACUAAGUUUAAUUCAUUAACUUAACCUUGCGGUGAUGGGCUCCCUGCAAAGCUCCAGCCUCUCUCCACCUUCCUCCUUUUUUUCUUCCCUUCUUGCACUGGAAACCCCACGAGGGUGCAAGCAUGGGGUAACGGCACAGGGGGGGCAAAUCAGAGGGGAGGGGGCAGAAACAGCCACCCCAUCGCCCUACAUCCAUGCACGAGUGGGUACAGGAGAUGCUGGGGGGGGGGUUCUACUGCUGCCCCACACCCUGCGGCUGCGUCACCGCGGGCAUCCCGGGGCGCUGCGAUGGGCGUUUGAGCUCAUUUCUCCUGUGCUUUUUAAAGAAACUCAUUUGUGCAAAAGGGAGCGGCGCAGGAGCGAUGGGAAUCGUCUUCGUUUUGCAGAAAGCAUCGUCCCCGCUUCGCUCCCAGGGAUGCAAAAAACCCCUCUGCGCUCCCCUGGCCUCGUUUCUCCAAAAGCCGCUUCGCUUCUUACCCUUCCCCUGGGGAGAAUCAAGGUGGAAGAAGCAGGGAUGUGCCCAGGACACGAGCACAAACCUCUUUCUUGAAAGAAAUCCUCUCUUUGUGCCUUGCAGCUUGAGCCCAAGCAGGAGAAAAGAUGGCCAGGAGGGUAAAUCCCCAUGGCAAUGCCAUCCCCUUGCGUGGUGGGGCCAAGGAUGGGCGCUCACUGCCUGGAAUUUGAUUUUUCUCCCUUUUUUUUACCCCCUGAGUACUUUAUUCCGGGGCUGACUUCGACCAGGAGAGCAGCUGGAUACAUCGCAGGGUCUGGAUGGGUAACAGGGGCUGGGCUGAAAUAUAAGAGAGAGAAUUUAGUUUCAUCUCAACCUCAAAUGAAAAUCUUUCUUGUUUUCCCACCGUAUUAACCAACUCCUCUAACAAUAACAACCACAAAAAAACAUGGAAGUAUUGGGUUUUUCUCAGGGAGGUUUUCACCUGCGCUCUCUGCAGGCGGAGGUUCAUUUCUGAGCAUCAUCUCAAAAUAGUGGGGGGGAACCUCCAAUCCUGAAUCAUUUUUUGGCUUUUAACGAGGUUUUGUUUUCCAAGAUUGGUUUCUGGAAGAGUCAACACGACCGGUUUGUCUUGAAUGUGCUUUUUUUUGGGGGGGGGUUUAAUUGUGAUGUGGAGCAUCCUGAAACUGUCCUAAGAGUUGGGGGGUGGAAGUGGCCCAGGGGGAGGCUGAGGCAGCACUUAAAAUGCACCCCAAAAUGAUGCAAAUAUUGGAGAAAAUCAGCAUUUUGUUAUGAAAAGGGAGUGCAGGUGUCCUGUAACCUCCAGAAAUGCUGUCUUGGACCCACCUAUGUUCAACCAGGGGUGACAAUGUAAACUCUCCUGUACAGAGCUGUCUCGUUUCUGUGUGCCCAGCAGGGGAAAACCUUCAGGAGACGUAUUUAUUAAGAAAAUUUAAAUAAAAUUAUUUCAAACCA